AUGGCCGCGACUCGUCUGCUCCCCUUUCUCCUCCUGCUCCUCGUCUCCCACAUCGUCCUCUCGUCAGCCGCACCCCGUCCGCGAAAAAGAAUAUCUCUGACCGUUCAAGCCCACGCGCAGCGCCUUCGAGCGCGAACCGCGGCUUUGAGCUCGAACUCCCAGGGCCUCUUGAGUCAGUUCCGCGGCGCCGUAACCCCCGCCGCAACCGGCGGGCCCAUUAAGUACUGGGGAGGUCCUAUCGUCGCGGGUAACCCCACGGUGAACAUCUACCAUAUCUACUAUGGCAGCUGGCCGUCGGGGUCCGGACAGGACUACAUCGACAACUUCGUUAGGUCUUUAAGUAGCGACUCGGGCGCGCAGGGCUCGUCGAGCGACCAGACAGUGAAGGGGUGGUGGGCGAUCUCGUCGAACUACUAUCAGUCGAGCAACGGCGCGAAGAAGAACGUGAGCUCCAAGGUGCGGCUCGCGGGGACGACGUACGACAACUACUCGUACGGCAAAUCACUCACCGACAACUACGUGCUGUCCAUUGUGAAGAGCAAGAUUGGAACUGGCAAGGCCUUCGCUGCCCCAACUCGUGCGGCGUAA